GAACUUGGGCACUACAAUGGACUUCCGCUUGGGCAACAUACUAAGGUAGGCUGCUAGCUCUCUUUGGGGUUCAUAUUGGCUAUCUGGGUCGGUCUCCUUUUUCUUUUUCGUUCAUCAAUACUCCUGCUUGAAGCGCUGGAGUUUGGAAAUGGCUAAAAUGGGUCCCCCUCUACACCCACCCACGGUGAUUGUAUUGCAAUAGUUGCCGAAUGCGACGAAUGCUUUAGUCAAUGGCCUCUUUAGCGCGUGAUAAUGUUUGCCUCUACGUCUCGCUUUCAUUGAAUCCGGUGUCCUCCACAACGAACCCAUCACACUCGAUGUUUCCCUUCUCCACUUCACUGAACACCUCUCUUCGCUCUUUUCGCGCAUGGCCAUUCUAUUCGAACCCAAUCUGCCUUCCGACUACCGCUACACCCUUCGCCCGCCAGACGCUGGUAUCGCAUUACCUCCGGGAUCCCUUGUUUCUUGAGCACCAUCAUCGCCACAUCAUCGUCGACAUCGUCAAUGGCAUCAUGGACUUUUUAACUCGAGUUCCUCCCGUAACAGCAACAUCCAGUAGCCUUCCUGCGAGAAAAGUCCAUGACUUUCAUGACUUCCAUGGCUUCCAUAGUCUCCAUCAGGUCCAACUUAGAGGAAUGCUAUUGACAUCGGCAGCCCGUGCGAGACCUAAAGAUGAUGUGCGGUCACCACGUCGGCGAGCUGUUGGUCCCAGGCCUGUGUAUGGGCCGACCGAUGUCCACAGCCUCUGAGCUAAGCUUCGCGUAAUAUCAACAGGUUACCGUAGUUAUAUCCCGAAAACCAAAACUCCUUUGCAUCACCAGCGCCAAAACAAGGGCCAAUGUCAACAACCUUCGAACUUCCGACAUACCUGCAAAACAUCGACCUCGCACAACCCUCCGCGCAAGAGCAC